AUGCGACAGCGCGUGAAGACCAGCACGCCGCCUGGAGCGCGGUCGUUGCGCGAAGACGCAGAUGAGGAGGCCACACCGCGUGAACAACGCUCUCGCGAGGCACGAGACACGGACACUGCCCCGACCACCCCGACUCGCCUGCGCACGGUAAUCAAACCGACUGGUAAAAGCACCAGCAUCAGCCACAGGGCCCAGGCACGCCGCGCGCAGCUCAUGCCGCCCCCAAACCCCGAGCGCGAGGGCGAUGCGAUGGCUGCCGCUCCCGAAACCACCGGCCUCCAUUCUAUGGAGUUGCGGAACACUACGCCCCAAGUGCAAGAGGAGCGCGCCCCUGCCGCAACCAUCCGCGGUGAGCAAGAGGAUCCCUCUUCCGCCCCAACGUCCUCCGAGCCUCCCGCCCAACCCGGAGGGUCCAUCGCGCAUGCAGGAGGCUCCCAGCCGAUGCACUAUGCGCCAGCACCACGCACACUACGUGAAGACAUGCUGCUGUACCCAUACCACGCAGCACCCUUUGCCCCCACGCAUUACGGUGCUGCCGGACUCGACCCCCACAACCUGAACAUGUACUACCACCCGUCUCCGUACCAGAACCUGGCGGCGCCGCUGCGCUCGCGAGCCCCAUCCAGCGUCUCACGUGCAGACCUCGCAGGACCCUCCGCAGAGCCCCUUGCACCUCCCUCCAAAAGGGCCCUCGAGCCCACGCCCAAGGCGACGAGUACGCAGGAGGACCCAUCCACGGAUGUGCCUAGCGCGCAGCAAGCGGGCACCGCGGACAAUGCAGCGGCAAGUGCUGCCGGUUCCCCUAUGGAUGAGUCUGGCGACAAGGCGGUGCAUGACACCGCCCACGAUG